CGAGUCAAAACACCAAAACAUUAGCUACCUCGUCGAAUGGGAUAUUAUGAAAUUUGCUAACAAUUAUCUUUUUAAAGGGCAUAUCGUUUUAUCACGUGAACAUAUUUUGAUAACAAGCUUUUAGCAUAUGCAGUCUUUUCACUAUGAGAAACGAGCUAGCUAAGUAUCAAUAGCGUCUGAAGUGUUUCCUCCUGUCCUGGAUUUCUUUGUCGCCAUACAAGAACUAGCUACCGCGCUGGUAUUAAACUUUGAAUAACGUCAGGUUUAUUUGGGCUGACACCGCAGACAUGACUUCCCGCAUAUGCAAGAACUGUGGUUGUUCCGAGAUCGACCUCGACCAGGCUCGGGGCAAUGCAGUAUGUACGAGCUGUGGGUCUGUGCUGGAGGACAACAUCAUCGUGUCCGAGGUGCAAUUCGUGGAGGGCAGUGGUGGGAUUUCGUCAGCCGUGGGGCAAUUCGUCUCAGCAGAUGGUCCAGUGAAAGCCCCAGUCCUGGGUACUGGGUUCCACACCAGCCUUGGAAAGGAGUCCCGUGCUCAGACGCUGCAGAACGGCAAGCGGCAGAUCCACAACCUGGGCAGCCAGCUGCAGCUCAACCAGCACUGCCUGGACACAGCCUUCAACUUCUUUAAGAUGGUGGUGAGCAAGCACCUGACGCGCGGACGCAAGAUGGCGCACGUCAUCGCUGCCUGCCUCUACCUGGUCUGCCGGACUGAGGGCACGCCCCACAUGCUUCUGGACCUGAGUGAUCUCCUACAGGUGAACGUGUACAUCCUAGGGAAGACCUUCCUCCUGCUGGCUCGAGAGCUCUGCAUCAACUCCCCAGCAAUAGACCCUUGCCUGUACAUCCCUCGUUUUGCCCACAUGCUGGAAUUUGGGGAGAAGACCCAUGAAGUGUCCAUGACGGCACUGCGCCUACUGCAAAGGAUGAAGAGGGACUGGAUGCACACGGGCCGCAGGCCCUCUGGGCUGUGUGGGGCAGCCCUGCUGGUGGCUGCCCGGAUGCACGAGUUCCGCCGCACCGUCAAGGACGUGAUUGGAGUGGUGAAAGUGUGCGAGGCCACACUGAGGAAAAGACUGACAGAGUUCGAGGACACUCCCACCAGUCAGCUGACCAUCGAUGAGUUCAUGCGGGUGGACCUGGAGCAGGAGUGUGACCCACCCUCUUUCACUGCUGGACAGAGGAAGGUCAAGAUGCAGGCGCUUGAACAGGAGUUAGCCAAGAAGCUGGAUGAAGUGCAAGGUGAAAUCAGUUUGUACCGAGACGAGAUCGAGACGGAGCUGGAGAACAGCAGGCCAAAGCUCAGAGGGAUCUACGCUGCCUAUGCCAAAGAAAUAGACCCGCUGGAUGAGGUGCUUUCUCAGGCCUCAUGCGCCAGCCCUAGGGAGGUGGACCCCGAGGAGGAUGAGGAGCUGGAGGCAGUCGCCCAACACCUCAACCAGGACUUCCUCUGCCAGGUCAUCCAGGGGGAGAAGCAAGGGGACGAAAGAGGGGGAGAAGGAGGGACAGAGGAGGCACCCCCUCCACCUCCACCACCCAGAGGAGGCCCCUCCCUGGCUUCCAUCCUGGGUCCCCUGCCUAGCGCGGCUAGCCUGGGGCUCAGUGAGUCCAUCCAGGAGUGCAUCGCAGAGGACAAGGACAGCGAUGGCAAGUCAGAGAGCGGGGAAUUGGACCUGGACGGCAUCGACGAUAAAGAAAUUGAGAGGUAUAUCCUCAACGACAAAGAAGUGAGAGUUAAGACGGAUCUGUGGAUGAAGCAGAAUGAGGAAUAUCUGAGGGAGCAGAAAGAAAAGGAGGAGAGGAUAGCUAAAGAGAAAGAGCAGGGGACCUACAAGGAGAAGCCCAAGAAAACGUCCAAGAAGCGGGAGCCCAUCCGUGCCAGUACGGCGGGCGAGGCCAUCGAGAAGAUGCUGGAGCAGAAGAAGAUCUCCAGCAAGAUCAACUACGACGUGCUGCGUGACCUUAACAGCAAGGUUGGCAGCGGCAACAGCAGCCCCGCCCGGCCAACCUCCACCGAAGAGCCACCCAGUGGCCCCCCUGGGCGGAAGAGGCUGACCCGCCGCAAGAAGCAGCCCAACAAGACCAACAUGGGCCUGGCCACCCCCGCCAGCAUCAUGGGCAAGAGACUCCGUCCACUUAUAUCCUCUGCGCCCAAGAAGAAGAGAGCCGCUUCACAGGUGACCCCUAACCUGACCCCAGCUGCAACCCCUGCUCUGCCCACGUUAUCCAGCCCGCCUACCCCCACCCCUCCAGGACCCACCAUGGUGGAGAGUGGCCCGGUGGCCUAUGACGAAGCGGCAGAGGAAGAGGAGGAGGAAGAAGUGGAAGAGCCCUGUGUCAGUGCGUGGCAGCUCCUGGGAGGAAAUGAGUACGGCUGUGAGGCUGAAGAGGAAGAGGUUUUCUAGGCUCCCCUUUUUCCUCUUCUUUCAUCAAAUACUGCUGAUUCCUCAAAAUAGUGGUCUCACCAUUGACCUUUGAGCGGGGACAGUCGCCAGAGGAAGGGAGGAGAGGAAAAGGACAUCCACUGUUCAGAUGCACUGCUAAGGGGAACAUGGAGUGUGGCUGGGUGUGGGGAGAGCUACGGGGUAUGCAGGCUUUUGUUCCAGCCCUGCUCUAACACACCUGAUUCAGCUAAUCAACGUCCUGAUCAGGAGUUGGUUAGUAGAAUCAGGUGUGUUCCUCCACACCCAGUCACUCUCUAUGAGGAGAGUUGGCCAUCCCUGGUGUAUAGUAGACGGUCUUCUAAAAAGACAAGGGGACCAUUUUGGGGUUGGAAACUCUGGAGUGCAUUAGCAAAAGAGACAUAGACACGCGAAGCAGUGCAGGGUACAGUAUAUGCAGAUUCCAAGUGACUGGCUUCAGUGAAUGGCUUCACAUUAUCUUCAAUGGCUACGAUGUGGCUACACCCCUUUAGCCAUCUCGAGGUGUAGGGUGAAGUUUCCCCUAGACACUGAACUUGGGUCAGUUUUGGCAUUAAUGAAGGUUAGAAUUUGGGUGGGGACGCUGAUCCUGUACUAUUUUAUUUCUCCUUUUUUAAAUUUUUUAAUUUUUUAAAUAUCCACAAUCCUCGGUCACCCACUUUUCUACUCUGACAAGAGUUCACACUGACCCCUCUGUCCACUCAAUGAGCAGUCGGCGAGAACAGCCAGGUCGUGCCAGUUCACUGGUACUGCAAUGGGCCUUUUGUCAUUGCCGCAUUGCUUUAUGCUCUGUAGAGAGGGGCUGCGUCCCAAAUGGCAUCCUAUUAUUCCCUACAUAAUGCACUAUGGUCAAAAGUAGUGCACUAUAUAGGGAAUAGGGUGCCAUUUGGGAAACAAUCAGGGAAAGGGAAUACCAGGGUGUAUCCACUCAACCUUGCUCGCCUUUCAUAGCGGUGCUGUAAUUGUCAUAACGGGCCGUUGGCUUCGACUGGCAGGGCUAUUCAAUGCAGCUAUGGGCACUGAAUAGCACAAUGGGCACAAAAUGCCCCUCACCAUUAAGCUCAAUCAACACCAGAGUUGGUCAGUCCAUUUUCAAUUCCAGUCUUUGAAAUUAGCAUUUGAAAGUUUUUUUAUCUUGUUGUUUAUUACCAAAUGACAUGGGGUUGAAAUGGAAUUGAUGCCAACUAUGCUUACGUCCAUCCUUGUUUACUCCCGUCCUUUGAUCUCAAUAGAAUCUCCCUUUAUGAUCGUCAUCAAAUGCUGGUAUUCACAAAUGCAGCUAGUUUUUUAAAUAAUGAAAUGAACUGGCAUCCAUUUUGUAAAAUAUGUACCUAAUGCAAAACUCAGUGGGUAGUAUUUUGAAAAGACAAAGAAGUGCCGCUGUUGUCAUAACAAACCGUAUCACUUCAAAUAAAUUGUGUGCGUCAUGUACAAGCGCUGACUGCUUGUUGUCGGCCUUUUCAGGCUGUUUUGAUAAUGAAAGAUUCAGAAAUAAAAUGCUGCUACGAUUAUUACAAGUAAUACGGUCACUUUCGACACUAGCGGCACUUUUAUGCUUUGACAAAGUGGGGCCCGAUGUAUCCAUGAAACCUAGGAUAGUACAAGCACUCUGUAUAUCAUUGUAAAAAAAAAAAUGUUUUUACUGAAGUGCUUUUGUUUGUUUGUAGAAAUGUCAUUGUAUUUUAGCUAUUUUAUCUUGUGUAUACUUUUCAAAAGCAAAUAUGAAGAACUACAACUAUGUAAGAAUGUAAAUAUCAAUCCUUGUUCAGUAGUCUGUUUGUAUGUUUAUAUAUGUUGUUUUGCCUCAAAUGGCCAUUUCAGAUGAAAUAUUAGCCUGCUUUUGUGUUUUUUUAUAUUUACCUACCGUAUGUUUUAUGACAAAGUUCUGUCAUUUUAUGAUUUUAUAUGAAUUCACUGGUAAACUGAAAAGGAUUGUAGAUACUGUUGUUCUGUAUAUUGAUAUUCUACAUGUGAACGCCACCAGCUUUUGAACAGAACUUUUCCAAACAGCAUUCCAAGUUGAUCUAGGCCUGGAUUCAAUCCAAGGCGCGUUAUAGAGCACAUCACUAUACAUCCGACAAUGCGCCUUUUAAAGGCAUUUUCCUUGACAUUCGCAGAGAUGGCAUUCAUAGUGCUCAUGGCAGCUCAAUCGUAAAUUACUUUUAAAAGUCGGUUAUAGUGUACUGUGGUAUACAGUAACGUGCCUUGCAUUGAAUCCCGGCCCUAGUUAAGGAACAAUAGUUCCUCACAACAACACAAUCACACACAUUCCCUUAAUAAACUCAUUUCAGUUA